UCUAAAACAUGCUCUGCAGACCACAUAUGUGUUAGAGAGCAAAGAUGUCUUCCUCUAAUCAACUCAGGGUAUCUGUCAAGGAGGUAUCUAAAUGAUUUCAGGAUGAAUCCAAGCUGGCCAAUUGAUGCUUUCCACAAGAAGGUGAUGCAGGAGCUGCAGAUUGAUUUUAAGUCCCAUGUGCUUAGGAUAGCCAAAAGGAAGUGUUUGAAAGCCAUCAAUGGUUCUGAUGCAGACCAAUAUGCUAAGUUAUGGGACUACAAACAGGAAUUGCUGUCUACGAAUCCCAAUUCAACUGUGGAGAUGGAAUUUGAAGAAGGCAAGCCAGGAGUGUUCAAGAGGAUGUACAUAUGUUUUGGUGGCUUGAAACAUGGUUUUAAGUUAGGGUGUAGAAAGGUGAUAGGUCUUGAUGGGACACACAUAAAAAACAGCUAUAAGGGGCAGAUUCUAACAGCUGUUGGGGUCGAUCCAAAUAAUUGCAUGUAUCCAGUUGCCUAUGCUGUGGUUGAGGCAGAAAAUCACAAUUCUUGGCUCUGGUUUUUGAAGUUAUUGGCAGAUGAUCUCUCUUUGGAUUCAGGCAUUGGUUGGACCCUUAUCAGUGAUAGACAAAAAGGUUUUCUUAAUUUUGUGGCAUCUCUGCUUCCUUGUGCAGAGCACAGAUUCUGUGUGAGGCAUAUGCACAACAAUUUCAAGCAAAAGUUCCCAGGAAACUCUUUGAAAGGUAAGCUUUGGGGGGCUGCGUGGUCAACCAAUACAGAGUCAUUUGGUGAGUACAUGGAGUUAAUCAAAAAAUGAAAGUGUUGGAGCAUAUGAUUGGUUGGCAUCUAUACCUCCACAUCAUUGGAGUAGAGCUCACUUUACAACAGAGAACAAGUGUGACAUCUUGUUGAAUAACAUGUGUGAGUCUUUUAACAGGUGUAUUAUUUUUGCUAGACAACAAGGUAUAUUGGUAAUGCUUGAGAUGAUUAGAGAGUACCUAAUGAGAAGGUUACAGAGUAAGAGGGAGAUUAGUAGUUCUUGGGAAGUUGUUAUGACACCCAAGGCUGGUUGUUUGGUUGAGAAGUACAAAAAAUGGAGUGGAGGUUGCUACUCAAGCUAUGCUGGGUACAAUCAGUUUGAGGUAAACACAGUCAGUGGCCACAAAUUUGCUGUAGAUUUGAACAAAAUGACAUGUGGCUGCAGAAGAUGGGAUUUGACUGGAAUCCCAUGUCACCAUGCAAUUCAAGCCAUGAAUAGGCUUCAACAAGAUCCAUACGACUUCGUCGAUGCAGCAUACUCUGUGAAGUCAUAUAGAGAUGCAUAUUCUGGGAUCAUUUAUCCAAUGAAUGGUGAGUCUCAAUGGGUCAAGACAGGGAAUAUUGUGAAGCCACCAGCUAUUCAAAAGCAGCCUGGAAGGCCAACAAAAAAGCGUAGGAAGGAUGCGAAUGAUGAAAAAGAUUGCACUGAAGGGAAGGUUGCAGGCUCAAACACCCUUAAGAAGGGCAAAUUACAGACAGUUAGAUGUUCUUCAUGCAAGCAAAAGGGACACAACAAAAGGACUUGUAGAGAUAGGCACUCAUCAACAGAGGCACAGGUUGAGGGUCAAGACGUAGAACCUGCUAGUGGGGAUCAAGUAAGCAGAAUCGGUGAAUUCUCAGUGGCCCAUUCCACCUGCUGUGACAGUGACUGAGUGGCCUACUUGGCCUAGAGUUGAAAAAGUGGAUGGGUUUUGUAGUGAAGUGAUUACAAGUACAAGUGGUGGCAAGCCACAAUGCAAAGGUGGUAAGGGUAAAGGGAAGAAAUCAGCUAUGCCACCACCACUUUACUCUGGUCCUAAUGUGUAUGGCCUUUCAAAGGAGGCCCCUAUUAAGCAGUACACAACUGCAGUUGGUGGAGUGACUAUAGAAAGUCCAAAGUUUGUGAAGAAUGGCCAACUUGUGUUAACUUCGGGAGCACUACACAAAGCUAUGGGUGAUGCACGAAUGAAGUUAUGUGAGCAGCAAUCAAAGGUGUGUGAGCAGCAAUCAAAGGUUAAGCAAGUGUCAAACCCCAAGGACAAUGCCAAUGCCGCGGAGCAACCUCAAAAGAGUGGCUAGUUAUGAAAAUUAGGGAGUUAUGGAACAAGUACUUUUGUGGUAAUUAGGAAUCUAUGUCAGUAUGUUUAUUUAGUGACUUAAAACCGUGGCUAAUCUACUUAUGUAAUGAUCAUAAUUUUAUUAUAUGGCAUUACUACUACUCAA